UGAUCCUCGUCUUUCUAAUGACAAUAGUCCAAAGGAGUGAGACCAGCCGAAAGCAUCACAAACCUCACCUGGAAGCCAGAUUAGGAAAGUGCUUUGACCCUGAUGAGCUACAGGUCACAGACAGCUUGCUGAGACAGCUGGUUGGAAGGAGGGUGAGCUGGAGUCAUUAUCCUUCUGUAUUUAUGGUGGAGCAGCUUGAAGAGAUGGAGGAGGAAAGACACAGAGGGGCAAGACAUCACCAAAAGCAUAGCUGUCCGUCUCUUAACCAUCAUCACCCCCACUCCACUGGAAUGGGGAAUGUGGGCACUCGAUCCAUCUCUCCAUGGACAUACAGAAUUGAUGAAGAUGAGACCCGAUACCCUGAAAAACUGGCUUUUGCAGAAUGCCUUUGCACAGGAUGUAUUGAUACCAGAACAGGCAUGGAGAGUCCCAACCUGAAUUCUGUAGUACUGGAACAAACCAUGAUGGUUCUCCGCAAAAAACCCUGUUCCAAAAACAAGUUGUCCUACACAUUUGAAGUUGAUUACAUCAAGGUUCCAGUAGGGUGCACUUGUGUGCUGCCAAAAGCAAAAUAUUUUUUAAAUUCUUAGCUCCUAUGGAGUAAAAUAUUUAUUAUCUGAAACAAUUUAGUAGUGUGGUCUUCCACACAGCCUUCAAGUAAUGUUUGUUUUAAAACAUGUCAUAUACAGAGGGUUUUGCCUCUGUAACAAAAGUCUUUAACAGAUUAUUUUAUAAUCAGUUUGGUAACCUAUCAAGUAUGACACUUUUGAGUCUAAUUAUUGGGGCAGCAGAUUACAGGGCUUGCUCA